AUGGCCUUCAAGAAUCAUUCUUCAAGAAUAGUUCCAUCUUCUUCUUCUUCUGUUUCAACUUCACUUCCAUUCAGAUUCACAACAAUCAUUACAUUAGCACUCAUAUUCUGUUCUUCUUACUACAUCUUCUUCUCACAGUUCGACUACUCUCCGGUGACUUCUUCGCUGGAAAAUCCCCCGUUCGUCGGAGAUCUUCGAGACCUAACAUUCCCUUGGAACAAACUUUCUCUCGGACCAAUCUCCGAGAAGCUAAAACUCGCCGUCUUCUGCAAGUCAUGGCCCGUUGGUUCGAUUCCGGGAGGAAUGGAGCGUCACGCAUACACUCUCUACACAUCUCUCGCCUCAAGAGGCCACGAAGUUCACGUCUUCACGGUUUCUUCCGACAAAAGUAACCAUGAAAACAUACAAGAGUAUUACAACAAAGGAGAUCUACACAUCUACUUUGCUCCAAACAAAAACGGCGUGCUUAACCAAACACAGGCUUUCGAGAUCUUCCAAAGAAUCAACGGUGUAGAUGAUCAUCCCUUUGACUAUGUUCACACUGAGAGUGUUUCUCUGCCUCAUUGGCGAAUCAAAAUGGUGCCUAAAGGUGACGUGGCUGUGACGUGGCAUGGAAUCUGGUACGAGAUAAUACAUUCCAAGCUUUUUCAAGAGCUUUAUUACUCGAAUGAGCAUCCUAGCUCUGAUCUUGAACAAAUGAUGCCUAGACUCGUCAACGAAAUCAGAUUCUUCUCGAGCUAUAAACACCACAUUUGCAUAAGCAACAGUGCGCGUGAGGUUCUUGUUAACAUCUAUCAGCUUCCUAAGAGAAACGUUCACGUUAUAGUCAACGGCGUUGACCAGAACAAGUUUGUGUAUUCCCCUGAAUCUGGAGCUAGAUUCAGGGCCAAACACGGUGUUCCUGAUGGUAAUGGGACAGUUAUUGUGAUGGGUGUCUCUGGACGUUUGGUGAGAGACAAAGGACAUCCACUUCUCUACGAAGCGUUUGCUUUGAUCGCUAAAACGCACCCGCAAGUGUAUCUACUUGUGGCUGGAUCUGGUCCUUGGGGGAGAAGAUACGCGGAAUUAGGUGAAAACGUUAGGGUUUUAGGAUCUUUAGAGCCAGAAGAGCUCUCUGGAUUCUAUAACGCAUUAGAUGUGUUUGUGAAUCCAACGUUGAGACCACAAGGGCUUGACUUGACGAUCAUUGAGGCAAUGCAUUGUGGGAAACCGGUGGUGGCGCCUAAUUAUCCGAGCAUUGUUGGGACAGUGGUUGUGGAUGAGCGUUUUGGGUACACGUUUUCUCCGAACGUGAGAUCUCUUGUUGAGACGUUGGAUUCUGUUGUAAGAGAUGGGUCUAGCGUUUUGGAGAUAAAAGGAAAAGCUUGUAAGGGAUACGCUCUUUCGAUGUUUACAGCGACACAAAUGGCUUCGGCUUAUGAGAGAUUCUUUAUGUGUAUGAAGAAUGAUAGGUAUUGUAAGUACCCUCUUCCUAUAGAUAAUUGA